CACUGCCCUGGCUGGGAGCAUCAGUGUGUCCCUGCCCUGCCUGGGAGCACCAGGCCACAGCCUCUGCUCAGGGCUCGGCUCCCCUGCCCCUGCGCCUGUCUGUGUUGGACACAAGCAGGGCCCGCAGGGCUCUGGUGGCCCCAGGUGGGCUUGUGCCCGCAUCCUUGCUGCAGCAUGCAGAGGCCCCUGAGGCUCCUCCGCUGGAGCCAGCAGCUUCUGAUGCCCAGCAGCACUCCCCAGUCCAGAGACAGCAAUGUCCACCAGCUGCCAGAGGAAGGCCUGCAUGGGCUGCACCGCGCGGCCGCCCAUGGCAACCUGGCCUGGCUGAGGCGGCACUGGUGGCUGAAGAAACGAGGCAAAAACUGUCAAGACCAGGCAAAGCGGACACCGCUGCACCUUGCUUGUGCAAACGGCCAUGCAGACAUUGUUCGAUUCCUGGUGCAAGAGAAGUGCCUGCUGAACCUUUGCGACGGCACUGGCAGGUCGCCACUGAUGAAGGCAGUGGAGAACCAGCAUGAAGAAUGCGUGGUGAUUCUGCUAGAGCACCAUGCUGACCCAAACGUGGAAGGAUACAAAGGCAACUCUGCCCUUCAUCUGGCUGCCGCAGCUCCUAACACAUCUCUAGCAGAGAUGUUAGUUGAGCAUGGUGCACACCUUGAAGCAAAGAACUGGGAGGGAAAUACCCCGCUUCUUCUUGCUAUCUCCAGCCAUCAUAAAGAGAUGGUAAAGUUUCUUCUUCAAAAAGGAGCAAAUGUGUGUGCUCAAAAUGCGUUUGGAAGGUGAGGCAUUGCUCCAAGGUGCAUGUGGGUCUCCUUAGCAUUGUUACUGGAAGGAUCAGGAGAAAGAGAGUCAGUGUUGUCUGAGAGACAAUGGGCAUAAAGUGAAAUGAGGCCUUCCCACAGCUGGUCAGGA